AUAUUAGAGGAAAUUCUUGCCACACCUCAAACCAAAAUUAAGGGGGAGAGAAAGAAGUAAGCCACAUAAAUCUGACCAAGAACACAAGCAUUUUAAUUUGAGUCCAGAAAGCUUUGGAUAAUGAAAAGAAAUGCAUAAUUUUAAUUCAACCCAAGUGUUUUCCAAGCAGAUUAUUUUGCUUAAAUUGCUAUAGUAAUUCAAGGGACAGCCCUGCCUGGACACACAGUUACUGUGGAUUUUUAAGAGACUCAGUUUAAGACUUAAGGAAUUUCUGAUUCAUUUAAAGGAUUUGCAAACUCAUCAACCCCUGAAAACUAAAGCAAACUCAACAGGACAAAAAAGGAACAUGGGCUUCUCAAGUCCAGUGUGUGUCCUUCUCUUCUUUCUUGGAGUCAAAGUAUAUUGUCAAUAUGAAAGUUAUCAGUGGGAUGAAGAUUAUGACCAAGAACCAGAUGAUGUCUACCAACCGGAAUUCCAAUUUAGUCAAAAUGUAGACUACAGAGUUCCAUUUCCUCAGCAUACUUUAGGCUGUCCCAGUGAAUGCUUCUGUCCACCUAACUUUCCAUCAUCAAUGUACUGUGAUAAUCGCAAACUCAAGACUAUCCCAAAUAUUCCACCAUACAUUCAACAAGUCUAUCUUCAGUUCAAUGAAAUAGAGUCUGUGACUGCAGAUUCAUUCAUCAAUGCCACUCAUCUUAAAGAAAUCAACCUCAGCCACAACAAAAUUAAAUCUCAAAAGAUGGAUCAUGGUGUGUUUGCCAAACUGUCAAAUCUACUACAACUUCAUCUACACCAUAACAAUUUAGAAGAAUUUCCAUUUCCUCUUCCCAAGUCUUUGGAAAGGAUUCUUCUUGGUUACAAUGAGAUCUCCAGACUGCAGACAAAUGCCAUGGAUGGGCUAGUAAACCUGACCAUGCUUGAUCUCUGUUAUAAUCAAAUUGAUGAUUCUAUGUUACAAGAGAAAAUCCUUGGCAAAAUGGAAAAACUAAUGCAGCUCAACCUAUGUAAUAACAGAUUAGAAUCAAUGCCUCCUGGUUUGCCUUCUUCACUAAUGUAUCUGUCUCUAGAAAAUAAUUCAAUAUCUUCUAUACCAGAAAAUUACUUCAAUGAACUUCCAAAACUUCAUGCUCUAAGAAUGUCACACAACAAACUACAAGACAUCCCGUGUAAUAUUUUUAAUCUUUCCAACCUUGUAGAGCUCAAUGUUGGACACAACAAACUGAAGCAAGCAUUCUAUAUUCCAAGAAAUUUAGAACACUUAUACCUAGAAAAUAAUGAAAUCGAAAAUAUAAAUGUCACAGUGAUGUGUCCAUCUGUUAACCCCCUGCAUUACCACCAUUUAACAUACAUUCGCCUGGACCAAAAUAAGCUAAAAGAGCCAAUAAGCUCAUACAUUUUACUCUGCUUUCCUCAUAUACACACUAUUUAUUAUGGUGAACAAAGAAGCACUAAUGGUCAAACAAUACAACUGAAGACCCAAGUUUUCAGGAGAUUUCAGGAUGAUGCUGAUAGUGAAGAUCAUGAUGAUCAUCAAGAAGGCCCAGAGGAAGAAGGAUCAGAAGAACACGUGGACCCUCACUAUUAUGGAGGUCAAGAAUGGCAAGAAACCAUAUAAGUAUACAUUAUGACUUCAUAAAAACUUAUUAUUCAAUAUAAAUUUAACUAAACAUGCAUAGCUCAUAGUAAUAUAUCUCAGUUUUGUAUUGGUAUAAGAUCAGAUUGAAUUUAGUUGCUGAUAACAUAUGCAUCAUUACACAGCAUUAGAUUACACUAGUCUUUAGAAAUGUAGUUAGAAUGACAAGUGAGAAUCAAAUAUUACACUUUAGACAUAAAAUUAUCACCAUGUUGACAAAAAAGGCAAGUAUGCCUGGGAUGUAGUGCAGCGGAAACAAAUCCACUAGGAACCAUGAGGUUGUGGGUUUAAUUCCCAGCCUCGUCCAGUGGGUUAAGGAUCUGGCGUUGCUGUGAGCUGUGGUGUAGGUCACAGACGCAGCCUGGA